AUGUCUCUCGGACCUUCAGCCGCCAACGUCAACGCCGAAGAGGCCGAUAACUUUGAAGACAUCGAGAAGCAAUUUGCUGUCAAGGUCGUCCAGCAUGUCGAGACGUACUGGAACAUCCUCGAGAAGGUGCCCGGCUCCAAGCUCCGCCUCACCAAGAUGGACGACGAAAUCUACGAGCACUUCCAGAAGGAGUUCCCUGACUUCGAUGCUACCGCCACGAUAAACGAGGACGAGAUGAAGAGCAAGGAGGGCAAAGAGCGGUGGCGCAACUUCAUCAAUGCCUACGAGAAGAAGGUCGAUGACUACAAUUUCGGUACCAUGCUAAGGGCGAACCCCAAGACAGAGUACGACCAAGAAGGCACCAUUUUCGCAGUACGGAUGCAGUUCUAUGCUGUUGAGAUUGCCAGGAACCGACAAGGCCUCAACGACUGGGUUUACGAGAAGGCUCACCCAGAGGGCAAAUGAUCACCGCGCCAAACGUCGGCCCAAACGGUCCGUGUUGUAUGAAUUUGUCCGA